GGCGCCAUUUUGGCCCCAGAGGUGCUUCUGGGAAUUAGCGCGCUGGUCCGCACCUCUGCUCGCCGCUGGGGUACGGUCUCUUCUGUUGAGAUCCCCAGGUCGGGGCUUUCGCUUCUGCCGUUGUCGGUGCCUUGCUCUCUGCUCUCCGAGGUCCUCCGGUCGAGCGGGAGGUUCUGAACACCGAGCCGCGCCAUCGGGGGACACACCGCCGGGAAGGAGGUGACGGGGGCGGCGCGGGGCGCGGACACUCCCCGCCGAGAGCCCGCCCGCCAUGGACUCGGAAUAUUACUGCGGCGACCAGUCAGAUGAUGGUGGCGCUACCCCAGUGCAGGAUGAACGGGAUUCAGGGUCAGACGUUGAGGAUGGUGUAAAUGAGCAGCACUCUGGAUCAGACACUGGAAGUGUAGAGCAUCAUUCAGAGAAUGAACCUAGUGAUCAAGAAGAUGGCCUCACCAAAAGACAUCACAUGACAGACUCUGAGAAUGACGAUCUCCCCAAUCUUAAUGCUAGCGACUCUGAAAGUGAGGAGCCUCCCAGGCAAAAGGACAGCGACUCGGAAUCCGAGGGGCGCCCAGAGCCUCCCGCAAGUGAUUCUGAGGAUGAGAUGAAUCAUCAUGGGAGUGACUCCGAGAGUGAGGAGACCAGGAAAUUACCUGCCAGUGACUCUGAAAAUGAGGAACUUCUUAAUGGGCAUGCCAGUGAUUCAGAAAACGAGGAUGUUAGAAAGCAUCCUGCCAGUGAUUCAGAGAUCGAAGAGCUCCAGAGGAGUCCUGCCAGUGACUCUGCAACAGAAGAUGCUCCAAAACCCCAAAUGAGUGACUCUGAGAGUGAGGACCCUCCAAGGCCCCGGGCCACUGACUCUGAGAGUGAGGAGCUUCCCAAACCUCGAGUCAGUGACUCUGAGAGUGAGGAGCUUCCCAAACCUCAAGUCAGUGACUCGGAAAGCGAGGAGCCUCAGAGGAACCAAGCCAGUGAUUCGGAAAAUGAAGAGCUUCCCAAACACCACAUCGUUGACUCAGAAAGCGAGGACCCUCCAAGGAACCAAGCCAGUGACGCAGAAAAUGAAGAGCUUCCCAAAUCCCGUGUCAGUGACUCUGAGAGCGAGGACCCUCCAAGGAACCAAGCCAGUGACUCGGAGAAUGAGGAGCCUCCCAAAUCCCGAGUCAGUGACUCUGAGAGUGAGGACCCCCCAAGGACCCAGGCCAGUGACUCAGAAAAUGAGGAGCUUCCCAAACCGCAAGUCAGUGACUCAGAAAGUGAAGAGCUCCCCAAACCCCAAGUCAGUGACUCUGAAAGUGAGGCGCCUCAGAAGGCACCUGCCAGUGAUUCAGAAACUGAGGGUGCCUCCAGACACAAACAGAAGGCAGCAUUGGAUGACGACAGCGAUGGAGAAAACAGGAGAGAGGAUGCCGAAAUGCAGAGUGACUCCUUCCAUUCAGAUAGCCUUACAGAGAGGAAAAGGUUUCAUAGUUCUGACAGCGAGGAAGAAGAACCCAAAAGGCAGAAAAUUGACAGUGAUGAAGAUGAAGGGAAAGAGGGGGAGGGGGAGAAAGCAGCAAAGCGGAAAGCUGCUGUCCUUUCUGAUAGUGAAGAUGAAGAGAAAACAUCAGCAAAGAAGAGUCGUGUCGUCUCUGAUGCAGAUGACUCUGACAGUGAUGUUACAUUGGAAAAAUCAGGCAAAAGAGAGAAGACUGUAGCAUCGGACAGUGAAGAAGAAGCAGGGAAAGGAUUGUCUAAUAAGAAAAAUGAAGAGAAGGAUCUAUUUGGGAGUGAUAGUGAGUCGGGGAAUGAAGAAGAAAACCUUAUUGCAGACAUAUUUGGAGAAUCAGGUGAUGAAGAGGAAGAAGAAUUUACAGGUUUUAACCAAGAAGAUUUGGAAGAAGACAGAGGUGAAACACAGAUAAAAGAAGCAGAAGAUUCAGAUUCUGAUGAUAACAUAAAGAGAGGAAAACAUAUGGAUUUCCUGUCAGAUUUUGAGAUGAUGCUGCAGCGGAAAAAAAGCCUGAGCGGCAAGCGCAGGCGCAACCGUGAUGGCGGCACCUUCAUUAGUGACGCAGAUGAUGUCGUGAGCGCCAUGAUUGUCAAGAUGAACGAAGCUGCUGAGGAAGACAGGCAAUUGAACAACCAAAAAAAACCAGCGCUGAAAAAAUUGACUUUAUUACCUACUGUGGUUAUGCACCUUAAGAAGCAGGACCUUAAAGAAACGUUUAUUGAUAGUGGUGUGAUGUCUGCCAUCAAGGAAUGGCUCUCUCCUCUACCAGAUAAGAGUUUGCCUGCACUAAAGAUUCGGGAGGAGCUGUUGAAGAUUCUGCAAGAGCUACCUAGUGUGAGCCAGGAGACCCUGAAACAUAGUGGGAUUGGACGAGCAGUGAUGUAUCUCUAUAAACACCCCAAGGAAUCAAGGUCCAACAAAGACAUGGCAGGGAAAUUAAUCAAUGAGUGGUCUCGGCCUAUAUUUGGUCUUACCUCAAACUACAAAGGGAUGACAAGAGAAGAGAGGGAGCAGAGAGAUCUAGAACAAAUGCCUCAGCGGCGAAGAAUGAGCAGUACUGGUGGUCAGACACCCCGAAGAGACCUGGAGAAGGUGCUGACAGGAGAGGAAAAGGCUCUCAGACCUGGAGAUCCUGGAUUCUGUGCCCGGGCAAGGGUCCCAAUGCCCUCCAACAAGGACUAUGUUGUCAGGCCCAAGUGGAAUGUGGAAAUGGAGUCAUCCAGGUUUCAGGGGUCUUCCAAGAAAGGUAUCAGUCGGCUGGAUAAACAGAUGAGAAAGUUCACAGAUAUCAGGAAAAAAAGCAGAUCCGCACAUGCAGUGAAAAUCAGCAUCGAGGGCAAUAAAAUGCCAUUGUGACCUUGCCUGGGAUGUGCCCCCAUCUCCACUAAGAAAUGCACAUUGGACUCUUUGGAGAAAGAAGACAUUUUAAAAUUUUAUAGUGUAUCUGUAAAUGGUUUGUUCAGCUUGUCUCAAAUAUUGUCAUAGGACUCACAUUUUCUCAAUUGUAUUUAAAACUGUUUGUUGUGUACUUUGUACAGAGGAAUACUAGUCAUACGGCUAUAAACGUCACGCAAUAAAAUUCCAUUUGGGUUUUGGGGGGCUGUCUCAUCAUUGCUUAGAGGGUGCAUUCUCACUGGGGGCAAAAAUUGAUUCUUGGGGCUAAAAAAAUGCUUAAGCUAUUACACUGAUAUGUGGCCCUUCAAAGCUGAACCCUAUCCAGCGAAGUCUUAUUUCUUAGUAUUUCUCUUGUUAGAGAAAAAGUUUAAUUGAUUUGAUUGUCAUUAAUGAAUUUCAUUUGAAUUCAAGUUUUAUUCUUAGGACAAUAAUGAAAAAAAAAUUGAGAAAUGCUGUCUUAGAGGAAGAAUAGAUAUAAUUGAAAAUAACUACCAAUUCCUUUGGACAGUUGAAGUGGAGAUAAGAAUUAUAGCUAAUAGCUAUAUUUUCACUUGCUCUUUUUAUGAUACUUUUUAAUUAAUAGUCUUUACAGACUUAAUCAGAAAUCCCUGCUAGGUCAAGAUAACUAAAUCCGAGAAAACUUACAGUUUGGGAUAGUGUCUGGAAACUUUGAUUUCCGAGACACACAAGACCCUUAUUGACCAUAAAGGCCUUGGAACAGCCAAAAUAGCACUGUGCACUAAGAGAACUUCUUGGGAUCUAUUUACAUUUAGUUUGAACAAAUUUAGAAGCGCAAAUGGGGUAGUGAGUUGCAAGAGGCAGGUACACUAAAUACAUUAAAAUGUGAAGUCUAGUUGGAGAAAGGAAAGUCUGAACUAUUUUCUGCAGUUUUUUGUUUUGUUUUGUUUUAGGUAAGUUGUAGGUUUAUAGAAUCAGCAGUCUGGUUUUACUUUAAAUAAAUACUCUCAAAUUAAAAACACUUGAAAUAAAAAGUACAGCCAUCUAGUAAAAGGCCUUAUGGAUGUUGAGAAUCCUGAUCAUUAAAAAAUAUAAACAUGGCAAAGUAAUUUUUUAGGAAAGAUUUUAAAUUUAUUAAUAAAAGAUUUUGGCAUUUAA